AUGGAUAACGACGCAUACUUCUAUGCAAAUCAACCUCUGGUGAUUGACAAUGGCUCGGGAAUGUGUAAAGCGGGUUUUGCCGGUGAUCCAAUACCAAAAAUCUAUUUUCCAAAUUGCGUUGGAAGACCUAAACAUGUUCGUGCAAUGGCUGGUGGACUGGAAGGAGAUUGUUUUAUCGGACCAAAAGUCGAGGACUACCGUGGACUAUUGCAAAUCUCAUAUCCAAUUGAACAUGGAAUCGUUCGAGAUUGGAAUGACAUGGAACGAAUUUGGGCGUAUCUCUACUCGAAAGAUCAAUUAAACUCAGCUUCAGACGAACAUCCUGUUUUAUUAACUGAACCACCGCUAAAUCCGCAUAGAAACCGUGAACGAGCUGCUGAAAUAUUUUUUGAAACAUUCAAUGUACCCGCACUGUUUGUGUCGAUGCAAGCAAUUUUGAGUUUAUACGCUAGUGGACGAACCACCGGUGUGGUUCUUGACUCUGGAGAUGGUGUUACACAUGCUGUGCCAAUUUACGAGGGCUUUGCUAUGCCUCAUAGCAUAUUACGUAAUGAUGUUGCUGGUCGAGAGGUUACACGUUAUUUCAAACUUUUGUUAAGAAAAGAAGGCCAUACAUUUAAAACAACAGCUGAAUUUGAAAUUGUUAAAAAUAUGAAAGAGAGAGCCUGUUUACUGUCACCCAGUGCUCAAAAGGACGAUACAGCACAAGCAGAUAAAUCGCAAUUUAUUUUGCCAGAUGGAACAUCAAUUGAGCUCGGUUCUAGUCGGUAUCGUGCCCCAGAAGUGUUGUUCAGUCCAGAAUUGAUUGGUGAAGAAUGUGAAGGAGUUCACGAAAUAUUAUCAGGAUCUAUUCAACGUUCAGAUAUGGAUUUACGACGUAUACUCUAUCAAAAUAUUGUGCUUUCUGGUGGUUCAACAUUAUUUCGAGGCUUUGGUGAUCGAUUACUGUGUGAACUGAGACGUAUUGCACCAAAAGAAAUUAAAAUAAAAAUUUCGGCCCCACGUGAAAGAUUAUGUUCAACGUGGAUUGGUCAUCAAGAGAAUACAGCAAAUGGUGAAAAAAUUGCAGCAGCCGUUGCUCGAAGUACACGUCGACGUACAACACCACAUUCAGGGCAUAGAUCACGUUUCGAUUAUUUACUAAAAUUUUUUACAAAAAACAAAUUAUUAGUUUCUAUUUCAUCUUACAUUCCAAUUAUUUUUAUAUUUUUAAUUUGUUUAUUGGUGGUUUAUUUUGUUGUUAUUUUAUUUAUUAAUAGUCAAAAAUAUGAGUACACAAACGUUCCAUUAAAAUUACCAAAAUUAGUUAAUAUCAAUGAUACAGCUCCGGAAAAUAAUCCGGAGCGAUUUUGGGGAACAUACAGAUCGAAUUUGUACUUUGGUAUUAAACAUCGUAGUUCUCAAAGUUUAGGUGGUGGUCUCAUGUGGUUUGAUUAUGAAAAAAUUCAACAAUCAAAUGAUCAGUUUUUGAGACAUUGGUGCGAUCAUAAUGAUCGUCUUCCAUCCUACGGCUGGACUUAUCAUGAUGGCGAAAUGUUUGGUAUUGAACAGAUUCAGGAUGAUAAUUUACAUUUACAAGUAGAAUGGGUAAAACGUUUGGGUGGUCAACAUGGGGGUGAUUGGACAACUCGAAUAAAUGUAACACCGCAGUUAAACAAAACAAAACCGGUGUCGUUAUUUUUCUAUUUUCAUCAUGACCUACCAUGGAUGGAUGAAAUUAUUACAUCAAAAAAGUCUGACAAUGAACAAUAUCGUUUGACAACUGUACGUGGUCAAACAAACGAACUUGAUGCAUUCACAAUUAAAUUUAAAAUUCCUUCUGGAGCACACUCUCAAAUUCCAAUAAUACGUUCGUUAACCGAGCGUUUACCCCUUCAUAAUGUACAUCAAACAAUUUUACGAAGACUAGUACCCUAUGAUACUGCAUCUGCAUCUAACUCAAGAAAACAACAACAACAACAAGAUCGUUAUUUUGUUUUACAAGACCAAGAAAUUAAAUAUUAUGAGCAUAAUUUUUUUAUUUUACAAUUAACAUUGCCACAGCCGGUUGUACAACCAUUUACAUUUGAUAUUAUUUAUGAAUCAGAUUCAGUAAAUCGUCAAAAUGAAUUAAGUGGAGUACAUUUCAAUGAGCUAAUAACACAACUUCAAAAACAAUUUGAUGAACGUUUUGAAUCGAUAUUUCAAUUGAAGACAAAACAAAAUAUGGAAAUAAAAAAAAUUAAUUUUGCACGAUCGACAUUGAGUAAUCUACUAGGUGGUAUCGCUUAUUUUACGGGUCAAUCACUCGUUGCACAUCCAAACCAAAAGACUCCUGAUGAUUAUUGGCUCACCAAUUUAUAUACUGCCGUACCAUCACGUUCAUUUUUUCCACGUGGUUUUUUAUGGGAUGAAGGUUUUCAUAAUCUAUUGAUUGCACGAUGGAAUAAAAAUAUUACUUAUGAUAUUCUAUCUCAUUGGCUUGAUUUGUUGAAUGAUAAUGGAUGGAUACCUCGAGAAAUGAUAUUGGGUCUUGAAGCUCGUGCACGUGUUCCUCAAGAAUUUAUAAUUCAAUAUUCGACAAAUGCAAAUCCACCGACAUUUUUUCUUACAGUUGAUUCUUUGUUAAAAACAAAUCUCAAUUUCAAUAAUAACAAUGAUGCAAAUAAACUUCAAACAUUCAUUAAACGUUUAGAAACAUGGUAUAAGUGGUAUAAUCGUACACAAAUCGGUCAAUCACCAUUUACUUAUCGAUGGCGUGGACGCAAUUCAUCAUCUAUAUACGAAUUAAAUCCAAAAACUUUAACCAGCGGUCUCGAUGAUUAUCCACGUUCAUCGCAUCCAACAGAUGAUGAAAGACAUUUAGAUUUACGAUGUUGGAUGAUGUUGGCAUCAAAUGUUAUUGGAAAAUUAUAUCAAAAAUUAAAUGGUAAAAAUAAUGAAAAUAAUGUUUAUAUCGAUUAUGCACACUUAUUAGCCGAUAAUGAACGUCUCAAUCAUCAACAUUGGUCUGAAACAGAUGGAAUGUAUGCCGAUUAUGGUUUACAUACAGAUCAUGUUCAUUUACAACGAGUAAAUAUUCCAAGUAAACAACAACAACAACAACAACAACAGCAACAAACACACAUGAUUAGACAAGUAACAAAUCAAUCCGAUUUAACUUAUAAAUUCGUGAAACAUUUUGGUUACGUAUCUUUAUUUCCAUUAAUGACAAAAAUUUUAAAACCAAACUCAUUGAAAUUAGACAAAUUAUUAACAGAUUUAACGAAUCCAACGUUAUUAUGGACAUCAUUUGGUUUAAGAUCAUUAUCCCAAACAAGUGCGUUAUAUAAUACAAGAAAUACUGAACACGAUCCACCAUAUUGGCGAGGCGCAAUAUGGAUUAAUAUGAAUUAUAUGGUAUUAAACGCAUUGAAUUAUUAUUCUAAAACACCUGGACCUUAUCAAGAGAAAGCUAAAACUGUUUAUCAACAAUUAAGAACAAAUUUACUCAACAAUAUGUAUCGAGUUUACGAGAAAACUGGUUUUGUAUGGGAACAAUAUAACGAUAAAACUGGUAAUGGUCAGGGUACUCAUCCGUUUACCGGCUGGUCAUCAUUAAUCGUAUUGAUAAUGGCUGAAUUAUAUGAUGGUUAA